CGUCGUUUCGAUCACGUUUCGAUUACGUUCUGACUAAACGAAUGGAUGUUUCAGGAGGUCUGCGAUCGCGGAAACGUACUUGAUGGACCAGGAUAGAAACUAUCGAGUAACCGUUGUAGAGGAUUCAGUGCCGUUGGAAAUCAAGUUGGAGAUUGGCGAGUAUUCGGAUAACUCGAGCAGAAACGAAAGCAACGUGACGAACAACUCGUUGGAGGGGAUAGAGUUGGACGAGCCGAUCGUCGACUCGGUGAAAACUGUUCUGGUACCCGUCAGGGAUCCGGUGACCAAGGAGGUGAGGAAUAUGUUGGUGCCCGUUGAAGUUAGGGACGAGACUGGAUUGAACGUGAUCAAAAGCGUGCUUAUACCGUUCGAGGGUGACGACGGUUUGGUUUCCUACGAGCUUAAAAAGGUGUUGGUGCCUAUCAAGCCGGAAUUGAACUUGCCCCCCCAGAAUAAACCUAAGGAGAGGCGACUGAAUUGCAAGAGGGGGCAGAGGAAACGGAAGAGGGAAGAACGAGACGAGCAAGAAGAGAUAUUAUCGGAAGGAAGGAUGGAGGUGAUCGACGACAAGCAGACGGAGGAGUCGAAAUCGGAAAUCGGGGCAGAUUUGAAGGAGGAAGUGGACGAGAUAUUGGACACUUUGAGGAACGUUUGCCCCCUUUGUGAAAAGUGUUUCAAGGACGAGGAUCAGAUGCAUAAGCACGUGGCGAAAACGCACAAGAAGCCGUACAACUGCGACAAGUGUCACAAAGGUUACUUCUCGGACUUGGCCCUCGAGGAGCAUCGAAAAACGCACGAGGUGGUCUCCUUUCAUCGAUGCCCCGUCUGCCAGAUGCAGUACAAAACCGUGACAGGGCUUAAGCACCAUCGGAUCCGCGAGCACACCGACAUAGAACCGAAAUUCGUCUGCGACUUUUGCGGGAAGAGAUUCAAAUUGAAAUUGGACCUGAGCCUUCACAUAGACAGGUCUCACAUGAACGCCACCUACGUGUGCAGAUUCUGCGGGAUGGCUGUGAAGAACAUCGCUCACCACGAGGCCAAGCAUCAGAAGAACAAAGAGAUCGUCUAUCCCUAUUGCUGCACCAUCUGCCCGAGAAAGUUCAAAGGUUGGAACAGCUUGGAGAAUCACUUGCUGAUGAAGCACAAAGCUUCGAAGGAGGGAGCUUCGGACAUGCUGAGAACGCUUUGCGAGAAAAGAUUCGAGUCGAGAAGCGAUUUCUAUCAACACGUGUUGAAUCAAACGGAGGUCCAAGUGAAGCGGCACAAGUGUGACGUAUGCCAGAAAACCUUCACCUCGGAGUACAAUCUUCGCAAUCACAUGAUCCUCCAUUCCCAGACUUACGCGUGCACCCAGUGUGACAAGAGUUUCGCCACGAACUACUUGUUGAAACUGCAUCUUAGGAAGCACACCGGCGAACGGCCGUAUCAGUGCAAAGUAUGCUUGAAGACGUUCGCCAGAUCUGCUUCCCUUAGAUUGCACAAACUGACUCACACUGGCGAGAAACCGUAUGCGUGCGAUUUGUGCGGUCAAUGUUUUACUCAGAGGGGCAGCAUGAUGUCGCAUCGCCGCAAGCAUCCGCCUCCUUCCCCUUCUCUGUUGCUCACCAGUCUCGAGAAUAACGAGCAUUAGAGAUUGGCAGAGAGGGGAUGAACUUGAGAUCUUCUCUAUCUAUAAAUUUGAAACUUUUUUUUUUUUUUUUUUUCUUUUCUUUUUUUAAUCUAGUGACCAGUAAAGAAGAAAUUUGAAUAUUUUGAUAUA